GUAUGACAGAUUUUGCUUUGACAACCUUCAGUAGCAAAGGCAAGUUAUUGCAAAUUGAAUAUGCAUUAAAUGCUGUAGCAAAAGGAGAUACAGCUAUAGGAAUUAAAGCAAAAAAUGGUGUAGUUUUAGUUGUUGAGAAGAAAUAAUCAUCAAUUUUAAUUGAAGAAUCAAGUGUCCAAAAAAUAGCUUUAUUGACAGAUAACAUUGCAGCUACAUAUGCUGGUUUGGGACCAGAUUUUAGAGUGUUAUCAUAAUAAGCAAGAAAAUUAGUGAAGAAAUAUGAUUUGAAAUAUCAAGAGGAAAUUUUUGUAUAAACAUUAAGUAGAGAAUUAGCAGAAGUAGAAAUAUUGAAUAAAAUUAGGAUGUGUAAAUAGCUACAUAGAGAGGUGGAAUUAGACCAUUUGGUGUAUCCAUUCUUAUAGCAGGAUAUGAUGAGGAGGGUCCUCAUUUAGUAUAACUGGAUCCAAGUGGUGCUUAUUAUAGUUGGAAGGCAACAGCAAUAGGUAAGUAAGCCAAGAACGCUAAGGCAUUUUUAGAAAAGAGAUAUAAUGCUGAUAUGGAAAUUGAGGAUGCCAUUAAUACAGCCUUAUUAACAUUAAAAGAAGGAUUUGAAGGUAUACAUCUAUUAUUAUAUAUAUUUAAGGAUAAAUUACACCCACUAAUAUUGAAGUAGGAGUGAUUAGGGAUGAUCAUGUAUACAGAAUCUUGCCACCAUCUUAAGUAAAGGAUUAUUUGGAAGAAUUAGAAUGAU